CCCCGGCUCGGGCUUUCCUCCACUUGGUGGUCUCAGUUCAGCUGUUACUGUCACUGUCACUGUCACUAUCACUGUCAUCCUGCCACCAGUUCGCGACUCUUCUGACCCUCUCCCGCCGUCCAGUGUCGCCCUCAUACACGACAGCCAGGCCCUGACGGCAUACAGUGCUGCUGCGACACGUCACGUAUAUACACCUGCGACUACAGCCCAGCCACGACACAACGGCAUUCAGUCUCGCCGAUCCCAUCACCCACGGCCAAAGUCGGAACCCGCCCGCCCGACCUAAGCGCCCACCUCGCAAUCGACAACCCUUUUCUGUCGCAUCGUCGCAUCGCCGCGCGCACUCGCCAUACCGCUAUACUCUACACCUGCCCGCCAGGCCCUGACAGGAUUGACUCCUGGACUGCUGGGUCUUGAACCAACCCAGUGCUCGUACCGACAGUCGAGACAAGGCUCCCAAGACUCGUGCCCGAGUCCCGCGCGACGCACACUGAGGGGCAGAGGCAGAGGGUGAAGGUGCUCCCAGAACAAGACCGCGCCAGGCUUGUGGGCCAGCUCCCGACCGCACCGAGUGUGUCGCGUCAUCGUAUACGGGCUGUCAAGGGGAGGAGAUUGUUUUCGGUAUCGAAAUUGGAAGAUCCAAAAGAGAUUGCACGGUAGAGGGCCUCAGGAACCCCGUCGCGACCAGCUCCCGCGGCACCAGCGGCAUCACCACGAGCAAGGCCGCGCAGACAAGACCUUGCAACGUUGGUGUCCUACUGAUAUUGAGAACGAUCCAUCACGAGACCAAGUUCUCUGGCAGGGGGAACAGAGACUCGCAUCCAGAGAGGACCAGUGCUGUGUACCGCUCAAGCUGCGCAUGCCAUAAGGCACCACGGGUCCAGGACGCAUCAAAAGCAGGGCACCACCUCGAUUCAUCCAGGCACCAACGCAACCCCAGCGCCCCAAGGUUCGGCAGACAGCAAGCAGCAUUUCACGCUUUGGUUUUUUAGUGUGUGCGUGUGUGUGUGGUGCGGCCCUGACGUCGCUGCAAGCCAACACCUGUCUCAUCAUCCUGAGGUGGUAGGGCCUGAUAGGACCGUUCCCAGGGUGGGUUGUCAGCUCUUGCGUCCAGCACAGCCCCAAUACAGUGCUCCGCCACCGAGUCUCGCAGGCUGACCUGGAAACUGCCUUGCCUGAUAGCUGCUGUUCUAAAGACGGAAACAUCAGGCAGACCAAACCUAACCCAACCCAACCCAGCUAACUGGCUGGCUAUCCACUCCCCUCUACCCCAAGCUUUCCAAGUGCCACAGGGCCCUGGGGUUCAACCUGCCCCCCUGCUGGACCGGGAGCCGUGUCCCGCAGUACAUAUCACACCCACAUCGCCAUGGACCAACAGCAGGCACGGGGUCGCUCCCCCUCUGCCGCUGCACAUCAGCAACAGCCUCAUAUAAACCAAAGCCACUCGCCUUCUCCCGCCCGACCAUACCCUGCAGAAGCCUCAAACAUCGGUCUGGGUAUCGAUUUGGAAUCUCAGGCACAGCCCUUUGCCCCCGCCGCCUCGGACUACUCCACCUAUAACGGCAACAACUUCCUUGACCCUCAACAAGGCCAGCAUACCUUCUCGGGGGACCCCUCGUUUCAGAGCUUCACAGCACAGCUGGAGGGAACCAACGACCUGUCCUCCUUUGCCCAGCAGCAGCAGCAGGUGCCCCAGCACUCCGCGCCAAACAACUUCCAGGACGACUUCACCAUCUUCCCGUCCACAACCGGGGAGCAGCAGUACGGGACCUCGCUCUUUGCUGGCGACCCGGGUCUCAACCCGACCCUUGGCGGUCCGGACAACAGCAUGGCAUCCGCUCAACCUCACCACAGCCCCACCCCACCCCAUCUUCUGAACCAGGAGCCGACGUCAGCCCCGUCGGCGCACCACUCCCCAAGCUUCAACCAGCAUCAGUUUGCGCAGCAGCGCCCAAGGGGCCACUCGCGCAACGCGUCCCUCGGCGUUGAGGCCGCCCUUCUCCCCGGUCAGGACUGGAGCAACGUGCCCCAGUUCCAGUCGCACAGGAGGAGCCCUUCCGAGUAUUCCGACGUGUCGUCAGUUGGCCACUCGCCGAACCUCAUCGCCAACGACAGCUUUGACCACAUGGACCCGAGCCAUUCUCCCAUGCAGCGGCCCCAGGACCCAGCAGUACUCCAGGAGCUUCACGGCAUCGGCAGCUUCACCAUCUCGGACAGGGGCCGCAGCCCGUCCCACAGCCCGGCCAUCUCGCCCCGGAUAUUGCCUCAGCAGCAGAUGGCUGACGUCACUCAACACGGCUUCACCCUCGGCAGCAAUGGCUUCGUCGGUGCUCCGCCCUCGCAGUACGGUCUUCAGGCCCCUGAGGCUUUCCCCCAGCUCCAACAGACCGGUGCGCCUGGCGAAGCAACGCAGAGCAUGCCCCAGCUGGCAGCUCCCACCAUCAACAUCGACUAUGCGCCACCACCAGUCCGGAGCAACUUUGAUGGCAGGUCGUCGAUGGAUACUGAUGCCUUGACGCCUCCCGAACGAGGUCGUCAGCGUGCUAGGCCCAGAGCUGUCACAGAUCCUUACAAUAGCGGUGCUUACCGGCAGUCACCAGGAGGCUCAGUUUCUCCCCAUCUCAGCCCUGGGCUGUCUCCCAACAGGGACGAUUCGUCUAGAUCUUUGUCGCCUCUUGACCGCCAGCAAUCCGCCUCUCCUAGCAGGAGACGCCAAUCAACAUCAGCCGUGCCCAACAACGUCAUUGCUCUCCGACUCGUGGAGAGCGAGGGCAGCCAGGACACUUCUGGGGGGUCCAAGCGCGUGCAGAAGCACCCUGCAACUUUCCAGUGCUCCCUCUGCCCCAAACGCUUCACCCGCGCGUACAACCUACGCUCUCACCUUCGCACCCAUACCGACGAGCGGCCCUUCGUUUGCACCGUGUGUGGCAAGGCAUUCGCACGACAACAUGACCGGAAGCGCCACGAGGGUCUUCAUUCAGGAGAAAAGAAAUUCGUGUGCAAGGGUGAUCUCAAGGCUGGCGGGCAGUGGGGAUGUGGCAGGCGCUUUGCACGUGCUGACGCGCUGGGGCGGCAUUUCCGGUCUGAAGCCGGCCGCAUCUGCAUCAAACCGCUCCUUGACGAGGAGAUGAUUGAGCGGCAACGUCAAUGGGGCGAGCAGCGAUUAGCCGCACAGCAAGCUGCGGCCGCACAGCAUCAGCAGAUGGCAAUGGGCGGCCUGAUGGCCCCGCCGGCCCUUGACAACUCGAACUACCCAUCGGCAGGGGGUUACAUGCUUCCUCAGGCGCUGUUGGCCCAAUACCCGGCGCUGGCAAAUAUGGACUGGGGUGCACCGAACAUGCAGGGCGACGUGAGCGACAUGGGAGACGAUCUCAGCGGUCGGUCGAGCUUCGAUGCCUCUGACCUUGAAAAUGAGAAUGACGACGGUUACGUGUCUGGGCCUGGCACGGGAUUUGGCCCUGGUGGCAUGACCGAGGGAUUCGGUGAGAUUGGCUAUGCUAGUGACUAUGGCGGCCGCUAAAUUUUGCACACUGGUUUCUGGGCACACUACUUCCCCUAGGCGUUCUGCUGCUUUUGGUUCUCGUUCGAUUCUCAUAGGCCAUGGCCAUUGAUUUGUCUCGGUUAUGGAUGGAAAGAUUCUUGACAGGGGCGUUUCAUGAUUCCCACGUUGAAAAACAUUCGAAGACGGGUUUUCACGGGCUGGAAAUAUCCCUGACGCUUUUCUGGAGAACGCGAGUUUGCGGAUUCGGUUGGAUAGACCACUUUUAAGGAUUCAUUUUAGAUACCAGUAUCACUUCCUUUCAAAAAGAGCACUCUGAUUAUCUUGA